AUGGGUCAAGACUCCUCACAUGAGACUCCCCACUUGACGCUUGAGCAGCUGAGCCAUACGAUAGCUCAAAGAUUCGCACAAAAGAGCUACUCACCUCUCGAACUCUAUUGCUUCAACUCCGUCUUCCGAUCCUUAGCCGACACCGAGUCAGGGGUGCGAUAUUGGAGCGAAAGCACACUAUGUCGCUUCCUCGAGCUGCCAGACGCCCUGGGCGUGGGCUCCGUCGUCUUCCAGAUGGCUAGCUAUCUCGGCGCUUUCCCGUUACCCAGCCAAGCACCUGCUAUCCUUACGCAUGACGCGCUGCUGAAGGUUGUUACGAUAUUGACGGAGAGGUAUGCUGCGGUUGUGAAGAAGCGGGGAAGGGAGAUCUGGUCGAGGGAGAUUUACAGGAGUUUGGCGAUUUAUGACAGAGGAAUCCGCGAGGGGGUUGAGAAUAAGGAGAAGGACAAGGCGAGUGAAAAUCUUCAACGAUUAGAAGAAGGGAGCGGAAAUCUUGGCUUUGCAAUUGAUGCGCCAGAAGAGGGAGAUGGGGAGGACGGAGAGGACGAUGAUGAGCUGGUCCUGGCAGCGCUGGACUCAAUGGAUGCUAUAGAAGCGUUCAAACACGGCGAACAGUCGAAUGUCCACCAUUCCAUCAUUCCUACAGACAACUUUUUGAAGCUUGUCGAGCUAUUGCUUCUGAUUGCGCCCAUAGAUGCUCAGCAGAGCCUUUCAACUUUGGCCCCGACACUAUCAGACGAGCAUAUCGAAGAGUUGCGACAAACUGCAAAUAUCAUCCUGUCUUCCUUCGGCGUCGAGAAUCACCCUGGCGUAAGCUAUCGAACGUUUGAUAAGGUCGUCUCGGUGUGUCUUCCAUAUCUUUUCAACGGCUUGAACCCCCUGUUUGAGCACUUCCUCUUCGCGAAAGACUUCGACCUCUCCAAACGCAAGCCCGACCCCACAUCUCCCACAAAGGAAACUCACACCGUCAUACCACAACCGAAAUCCGUAGCAGAUCCCGAGCCAAUCCUACAACAGCCGGGUGAAAUCCUCAACAUCACCAUCCUCAGUCAGCUCUCCUUCUUCAUCAAGGGGAACAGUCUUUUUCGACGUUUGCGGCCCCUCUACAGCGGCAACACGCACGGAUUCAGCAUGGGCUCCUUUGAGAAGCAAGUCUUCAACUGGCGCGCUCCCACCAUCCUCCUGGUGAAGGGUAGUCUUCUCCCUACAGUACCGUCGAGCACGCGUGAGCGCGCGCUACAGGACAUGCUGCCUCCCACGCGAUAUCCGAGUAGCAUAUCAGAGGGGUCAUCAUCAAACCAGACCAUAAUAUACGGAGCGUACAUACCCACGCAAUGGAAACACACCAGCAAAUCUUGCUUUGGCGAUUCGUCGGCCAUCUUGUUUCAACUAAGUCCUAUGCAUGAUGUCUUCACCACGUCAGCUUUCAGCACCGACUAUAUCUAUUUCAACAAGUCGCCCACCCACCCCGCCGGCCUCGGUUUUGGUACCCCAAUCCCCGCACAAUCUGCAUCUCACAGUUCUGCUCAUAGCUCGUUCCGCCCCGGACCUGUCUCGCUCCAUCUAGACGACGCCCUCGAGUUCGGCAUAUUCACACACCUCUCUGAAGGUGGCGGCUCCUUCCACCCAUCUAACCUCCCAUGUAGGAAGCGGAAGGACUGGCAAGAUCGCUUCGAGAUUGAGAGUCUGGAAGUGUGGGGUUGCGGUGGGGAUGAAAUUGCUGAGGCGCAAAGGAAGGAGUGGGCGUGGCAGGAGAGAGAAGCAGAGGCGAGGAGACGGGUUAAUCUGGGCACAGGGGAUCAGGAGAUGGAUCGAGAGCUACUUAGAAUGGCGGGUAUUAUAUCCGAUAGUAGGAGUGGCGGGAGUAUGGGGUAA